CUUGCCCACUGUGUUUGUGACACUCCUAUCGGCUCCGUCAGUUUCUCUUCUGAAGCAACGCAACCAUGACGCGCGUGAUGUUCCUGGCGGCGAUCGCUGCUUUCGCCAUCUGUGCUGAGGCAGCUUCACUGGGCCCUCAAGGGGAGCUGCACCGAGCAAAACGUCAGUUCUCUUGGUCGAGCAACCAAAACAUAGAACAAUACGGUGGAAAAGAAUCCGGCGGAGAACAGCUUGUCAGUUCCCACGACUCUUUCCUCGGCAACACUCAGAAGGUCGGCCAACUAGGUAUCGGGGACAACAACAAGCAGUUUGUGCAUCAAGGCUUCUCGCUGUUCGGACCCAGCAAACAAGAAGUCGAACAGGUUGCGACAGGGCGUGGUUUCCAGCACCAGACAGUCAGUCAAAAGGGUAGCAUUUUUAGCGGCAGCAGCCAGAGAGUUAUUCAGAGAGGAGGUUCUAAACAGAUUGUGACUGGCAAGUAAGAUACGAAUCCAGCCUUGUAUCUGUGUUGCUGUAAAAACUGGUUGACUUUAUUCCUUCAUGGUCAAAGAAAUGACCAGGGAACUAGUAUUGUAUGUGAUGACUGUUUCAGUCGAAAUUCCUCAGAAUCAAAUAAAAUUUCCUUUGCAGUAA